AAUUUAUAAAUACCUGCGGCCGGCCGGUCGGGGGGCGGCGGCGGCGGAGCCGGCCGGGCCGGGCCGCAGUCAGUCGGUGGGUGACGAGUGGUGACCUCCGGCGCCGCGCCGCGCCGCCCCACACCAGCCGGACGCGUGCGUUCGCCUCCGGCCCGCCGCCGAUCGUCUGCGCAGCGAGCACAGCACGAGCGAGUGAGCCUCCGCCGGGCCCCGGCGCGCCGCAUACAGAAGCAGAGCGGAGCCGCCGGCGCCAUGCCGGCCUCCGUGGAGAACAUGUCCGGCGGGCUGGCGCCCACGUUCGCCAAGAAGCCGUCGAUCCAGCAGGCCCCGGACGGCUCUCGGCUGACGUUCGAGUGCCGUGUGGUGGCCGAGCCGCGCCCCACGCUGUCAUGGUACUGCGGCGGAGUUCAGGUGCAGGACUCCGCCCGGCACAAGAUGACGGUUCUGAAGGACGGCAACGCGUACACGGCGACCCUGGAGAUCAGCGACGUGACCGCCCAAGACGCCGGCAAGUACAAGGUCACCGCGCAGAACGAGCUCGGCGAGAGCAGCGCCGCCAUCAGCCUCAACUUUGACGCUGAGGAGCCGGAGGCGCCGGCCGACCCUGGCCGGCCCUCGUUCACCGGACGACCGGUCAUCAAGCAGGCGCCCGACGGCUCCUCGGUGACCUUCGAGGUGCGACUGAGCGGCGAUCCGCAGCCCGCCAUGACCUGGUUCAAUGGAACCACAGUAGUAACAGAAUCUAGCCGGUAUAAAAUGAGCAUUGUAGAAGUUUCCAAAAUGAACUACAAGGCGUCGCUGCAAAUAAUGAACGUUCAGGCGUCGGACGGCGGCAUCUACAAGGCUGUGGCGAAGAACAAGAGCGGGGAGAGCACAGCCAGUAUCAACCUGAACAUCGCUGGUGGAGAGGAGGAGGAGGAAAACAGCUCGUCCGCGGGCGGCUUUCCGCCUCGGUUCCCCAAGAAGCCGACGAUCCGCCAGCACGGCGACGACCUGGUGAUGUCGUGUGUGAUGGAAUCCAACCCCAUGUCGGAGAUCACCUGGUACCACGGCACCCAGGCCAUUACCGCCUCGCCACGGCUGAGGAUAGCCAGCAAGGAGACGGCCAAGAACACCUACCUGCUGACCCUGACGGUGGCGUCUCCGACUCACGAGGACGGCGGCAACUACCGCUGCAACGCGCGCAACUCGUUCGGCGAGAGCAACGCCAACAUCGCGCUCAACUUCCAGGCGCCGGAAGAGGAGAAGGCCCCGUCCGGCAAGGCGCCGUCUUUCACCGAGAAACCCCAGAUCAUUGCUAAUGCCACGGGCUCUCUGGUCACGAUGAAGUGCCGUGUUCGCUCCUCCUCAAAGCCAGAAGUUGCCUGGAGCCGCGGCACAGAGACAGUGCGCGUCUCUAGUCGCAUCAGCAUGCGUGUGACGGCUGUCAAGGAUGACGAGUAUGAGAUCGUCCUGGAACUGAAGGAGCCGAAGGCUGCCGACGGUGGCUCGUACCGGUGUGACGUCAAAAACGAGCACGGUGCCACGCACGCCUCUCUCGCUCUGAACCUGGCCGAGCCAGAGGAGGAGAAACACGACGAAACGGACAAGAAAGAGAAGAAAGAGAAGAAGGAGAAGACGGAGGAGAAGCCGAAGCCGAAGGUGCUGCCGCCGUCGUUUGUGGGCGCUCCGGUGAUCCGCUCGGAGGCGGACCGUUCGGUGGUGAUGGAGGUGCGGGUGCGCUCGGAGGGCGCUGUCAGCGCGGCCUGGUGGCACGGCCGGCCGGUGAUCGCCGACAGCCGGGUGGUCAUCUCGCAGACGGAGCGGGCCGGCAUCCACACGCUGCAGCUGCGCAUCCGGGAACCGCGUCCGGAGGAUGCUGGUCUGUACAAGUGCAAUAUCAAGAACGAGGCUGGCGACAUUAACGCCAAUCUCACGCUCAACAUUGAAGUGGUGCCCGAGGUGCGUCAGCAGCCGCGCGUCGUGGUGGUGCGCGAGCGGCGUGUGGUCGUCAUCGAGACGCGCAUCACGUGCGUCAACGAGCCGAACGUGCGUUGGCUGCACGAGCAGCGCCAGGUGGCCAUGGACAGCCGCCACAACGUGGUCAUCCAGCAGGUCUCACAGGGCGAGUACGCGGUGAAACUGGAGAUCGAGGAAGCCACGGAGAGCGACCGCGGCCAGUACCAGCUGGUGGCCAAAAACGAGAAGGGCGAGGUGAAGUCGCAGGCAGUCACCGUCACAGAGGUAUUUGAGAAGGAGAAGCCCAAGGGCGAGGCGCCGCGGCUGGCCUCGCAGCUGUCUCCGAUGACGGUCGAGGAGGGCGGCUCGGCCGACUUCUCCUGUCGGCUCGUCAAACCCGACAACAACACCAUGUGCAUCUGGUACAAAAACAACGCCAUUCUCCGCGAGACUCCCGAUGUGUUUACGAGUUUCGACGGCCAGAACAUCCGGAUGUCGCUGUCCUCUGUGAAACAGUCGGCAUCCGGUGUGUACAAACUGGUGGUACGGAACGACUUCGGCUCGUCCGAGACCUCGUGUCAGCUCACCGUCAACGAGAAAAAGAAGAUGGAGAAGCUCGAGCUUGACGAGGACAAAAUGAAGCCAAAGAAAAAAGAGAAGGAAGAAACAAAAGAAGAAAAAGUAGAGAAGAAGGAAGAAAAGAAAGAAGAGAGAAAAGAGUCGAAGGUGGAGAUAGUGGAAGAGAAGUCUCCAAAAUCAACAUCCAAACCUGAAGAGGGCAAGCCGAAAGGAGAAGAACAGAAAACAAUCGAUCAAAAACAAGCCGCAGAAAAGAAAACAAAAGUAGGCGAAACUGUAAAGAAACCAGAAGACGUUUCUUCUGAUGAGAGUGACAUCAAGACCGCUAAACCAAAGGGCAAAGACGUAGACUCUAAGAAGCCAGACGAUAAGAAAACACCACACGGUAAGAAGGGUCCGGACGCAAACUUGCCGGAGGAAAAGGACCAUCACCCCAAGGACAAGCCUGGCAAAGAUGACCAACAGCCCUCUAAAGACACCAAGACACCGAAGGGUAAACGGGCACCGGCACCCGACUCGAAGUCUCCUGAGUCCGGUAACGCCCUCGACACCAAGAAGCCAUCAAGAAAGAAGUCCCCGGAACCGACGCGCGGGUCCCCGGAGGACUAUGCAGAGGAGAGUGGGGAGGAAUCCGGUCCAUCUCCGCGAGCCGUGUCGCCCAACCAGAAACCGGGUGUUAACGGCACUCCCAAGGAAUCCGUCCAGGACAAGCCUGAUCAGCCGGGCAAGACUAAGAAACCUAGCAUCACACCCAAAAUUCAAGAGCCGGAAGGUGUUGAUGCGACAGAUGGGGUCUCGGAAAUGUCAGUCUCAAAGCUGCUUGCCACCCCCGACGCCGCCGCCCGGGGACUGCGCUCCGCGCCGCUCGCUGAGGGGAAGGCGGCGCGGACUGAGGGUCAGAAGGCCAGGGGCCGGCCGCGCGCGCCCGACAGCCGCGACCGAAAGGCGCGCGCUGCCGGGAGGCGGGCGCGCGCCCAGGAGAGGCCGCCGGCCGCCGAGGAGUGCCCCGAGGAGCAGCAGUGGCGGCCGGGCUCGGGGCCGUGGCGGCGGCGCGGUCGCGGCGUCGGUGAGCGCUCCAGUCCGCUGCGGCUGCUCGGCGGCGCGCCGCCCUGGCUCCAGCAGCAGAACGCCAACGGACAGACUGAUGACGCCAAGGCUGGCAAGACUGGAAAGACUGACGCGCCCGCCCAGAAACCGAAACCAAAGAGGCCGGCACCAGUAGCCGUAGAGAACAAAACACCUGCACAGAUUUUAGCCGAGCAGCGGGCGGCGCUGAUGGCCAGGAAAAAGGAAAAGAAAGCCGCUCCCGAAAAGAAGAAGGAGGAGGACGCCAUGGUGAAACUGAAGAAAACGGACGGCCCCGAGAAGUCAAAACACCACCACUCCAGAUGGGAGACGCCCAAGAUCGAGGAGCCUGUUCUCCACGAGCCGGACGACCUGCUCAGGCCAGAGGACGAGCCGAAGCCGCGGUCCGGCCGGCGCCUCUCGCGAGAGGAGAUCACCGGGCGGCCGAUGCCCAUCCCCAAGGAGGAGGAGGACUUCUCGCACCUGAAGCUGCGCCCGGUCGAGCCGAUCCCGCGCCCGACCGGUCGCCGGCGCAGCUCCAUCCACGAGGACGUGUUGCACUGCUGGGGAACUGAUGGCGCUGCCUCGCCGAAACCGCGCGCGAGCAUUCAGGGGCCCGCCGAUGACGCUCGGAGCGCUCCGACCGCCCCCGAGGUGACGGUCAGUAUCGAGGACGACGAGCCGGAGCAACACACGAUGGAGCGGGCCGACUGGGACACACCCGUCUCGAUCGAGCCGCUGGAACAGCUGCUGGAGGAGUACCGGAAGCCGCACCAGUUCCAGUGGACCGCCGGCGACGAUAUGGACGAAGAGGAGCCCUGGUGGAUGAGUCUCAAAGCAGAGGAGGAAAAAGAGCCGAGAAAUGGCACCGAUGGCUCGCGCCAGAAGUCACGCGAUGGUGGGAAGAAGGGCGGCCCCAACCCGGAGAUCCUGAUCGCUCAGGAGCAGCAGGAGCAGCAGCGCAAGUCGAGCCUGCUGCCGGGCCAGCCGGGCAGCCGGCGCGGCUCGCUCAUACCGCCUGAGGAGCAGCCGCGCCGCGCAUCAAUCAUCAUCGCCGACGACGAGCACAGAAAAGCCCGACCCGGCGAAAUAUUAGAGGGGGGCAAGCAGGCCGGAAAACUGCGUCCCGGCGAGAUGGGCGCUCAGGGCCGGCGCCGUCCGUCGGCUGAGGUGCGCCGUCCCUCCGUCUCCGACAUCGAGGGACUCAUCGACAAGCCGUCCACGCCGCUCAAGGCCAUCGGAAAGCCGGGCCCGCCGUCCAUCGUCGACAUCGAGGAGAGCUACACCGUCGUCGAGGAUGCGAACGCCUUCUGCAUCCUCACGGUGGAGGGCAACCCGGCGCCGACGUUCAAAUUCUACAAGGGCAUCCAAGAGAUCUGCGAGGGCGGUCGCUACAAGUUCAUCACCAGCGGCGACAUGAGCACCAUCAUGCUGUGCAUCAGGAAGGCCAAGCCGAGCGACGAGGGUCACUACAAGGUGGUGGUGCAGAACAAGCACGGCGAGGACGCCGCAGAGUUCACCGUCUUCGUCAGCGAUUCGUCUGGCAUGGACUUCCGUGCCAUGCUGAAGAAGCGCCGCUACAAGGCCUGGGACAAAGACAAGGGUGAUCCGGACUGGGGCGAUCUCAAGGAGGUCGAGAAGCCGCAGAUUCCGCAGCUCAAGAAGGUCGAACGGAAGAAGGAGACGUUCCUGAAACCGAUGGUGGACGUCAUUGUCAAGGAAGGCAAGGACAAGUUCGCCAAGUUCGAGUGUGUCUUCUCGCGCUCCAAGAUGCGACCCAAGUGGAUGCACAAGAGAGACGAAUGUUUCCCGGGUAACAAGUACCAGUUCAAGGACGAAGGUGACACGUACUGCCUGAUCAUCGACAAGCCGCGAGUGGAGGACUCGGGCAAAUACACGCUGAACCUGGGCGGAGUCGAGACAUCGGCCUUCCUGACUGUCGAGCCUGCCGACCCGGACUUCAAGUUCGUGCGGGACCUGCCCAAGCACGUGGACGGCUUUUAUAAGGAGGAUGUGACCCUGGAGUGCCAGGUCAACUCGCACAAGGCUAUUGUGCACUGGUACCACGGCGACAACCAGGUCGAUGACAGCGAGCACUACACCAUCGGCAAGGACAUGUUGGGCACGUGCCGGCUGACGAUCCGCGGCGCCAAGAAGAAGGACGCCGGCGCCUGGAGCUGCCGCCUGUUCCGGCAGAAGGACCGCACCGACUGCACAGUGUCACUGACCGACCGUCCGGUGCGCUUCAAGAAGAAGCUGAAGCCGAUGAACAACUUUGAGAAGGACAAGAUCAUCAUGGAGGUGGAGACCGACUACCCGGACGCCGACGUCAAGUGGUUCAAGGACGGCCAAGAGAUCAAGCCCGACGGAAAACACGUCAAAAUCGUCUCCGACGGCAAGAAGCAUCAGCUGAUUAUCAAGUCGGCUAAGCUGGUUGACGCCGGCGAGUUCAUGGCCAAGUCCAACAACGAUAUGACCUCGGCACCGCUCAGCGUCAACUACCUGAACAAGUUCAGCAAGGGUCUGCUGCCGGACGUGGAGGGCAUCGAGCGUGAGAAGGUGGUACUGGAGGUGGAGAUGGCCGACCACACGGCGCCCUGCGAGUGGUUCUUCGGCGACCAGAUCAUCGAACAGGACGAACGGAUUGAGAUCAAGAACCUGGGCGGUGGCAAGCACCAGCUGAUCAUCAACUCGGCGAAGCUGACAGAUGAGGGUGACUACAUCUGCAAGUCCGGCAAGCUGGAGUCGCAGGGCCACCUCUCCGUUAUCCGCGGAGAGACCAAGCCCAAAAUCAAGUUCGACGGACCCGUGGUCGGUCCUGUCAACAAGCCUCUCGUCUUUGAAGUGCCGUACAAGGUGAGCGGCAAGCGGCAGACACAGAUGGAGGCUAAGCUGUGCCGUCAAGGUAAGCCUCUCUCCAAACAAGACGUCGAGAUCGUCAUCAAGGACAAGUCCGUCAUUUACACGUUCAAGAAACCCACCCGCGACCAGGCUGGCGAUUACGAGAUCAAAAUCUCCAACGGCCAGGGCGAGGACAGUAAAACAGUCAACAUCAACAUGCAAGACGUGCCCCAGCCUCCGCGUGAUGUCGAGGUUAAGGACGUGUUUGCCAAACACUGCAUGAUCCACUGGAAGAAGUCGGCCGAGGACGGCGGAUCAGAGAUUCAGCGCUACGUCAUCGAAAAACAGGACCUCGGCAAAAUCGGUGGCUGGGAGAAUGUGGGCGAGGCCGGCCCGAACGCCACCUCGUUCAAGUGCGAGGACAUGGUGCUGAAGAGAAAGUACAAGUUCCGCGUCAAGGCGGUGAGCAAGAUCGGCGAGUCGCAGCCGGGAGUGGCCAAGAACGACAUCAUCGCCAAGGACCCGUGGGACGAGCCCGGUAAACCGGGUAACGUGGAGCUCACCGACUGGGACAAGGACCACGCCGACCUCAAGUGGACCAAACCGGAGAACGACGGCGGCGCGCCCAUCACCGGAUACGUCAUCGAGUUCAAGGAGAAGUUCAGCAACGACUGGGUGGAGGGCAAGUACAUCCCUGGUAACGUCGAGUCCGGCACCAUCGACGGCCUCACCGAGGGAAAGACGUACGAGUUCCGCGUGCGGGCCGUUAACAAGGGCGGCAAGGGCGAGCCGUCCGACCCCACCAAACCCAUCAUCGCCAAGUGCCGCUUCGUGAAGCCGUACAUCAUCAACAAGGACGCGUUCAAGAACAUGGUGAUCAAGAAGAACCAGGUGAUUGUGUUGGACAUUCAGUACGGCGGCGAGCCCGACCCGGAGGUGCACUGGUACAGGAACCAGACCGAGCUCUUCGAGGACACAGAGAAGCUGCCAGACGCUGAUUUCGGAAGGACCACCAUCGACCAGUACGAGCGGAACACGGUGCUUACCGUGCGCAAAUGCGAGCGCCCCGACUCUGGGAAGUACCGGCUGGUGCUCUCCAACUCGUCCGGCACCUGCGAGGGCAUCUGUGACGUCAUCGUGCUCGGCAAGCCGUCCCGUCCGGAGGGUCCUCUGGUUGUGGAGGACGUGCGGGAGACGCGCGCCCUCUGCAAGUGGAACAAGCCAAAGGACGACGGCGGCACCGACCUCAAGGGCUACGUGGUGGAGAAGAUGGACGUCGACACGGGCCGAUGGGUGCCCGCCGGAGAGGUCGGUCCGGAUAAGACCGAGUUCAAGAUCGAGGGCCUAACGCCCCGCAAGAAGUACAAAUUCCGCGUGCGGGCCGUCAACAAGGAGGGCGAAUCGGAGCCCCUCGAGACAGAUGAGGCCAUCGAGGCCAGGAACCCGUACGACGAGCCUGGUAAGCCGGGCAAGCCGGAAAUUGUCGACUACGACAACAAGAUGGUGCAGCUCAAGUGGGAGAAGCCGGAGAAGGACGGCGGCCGGCCGAUCCUGCACUACGUGGUCGAGAUGAAGGACAAGUUCUCCGACUGGGCAGAGGUGACGAAGACGCCCGACGACAAGCCCGAGGUGCAGGUGAACGGUCUCAAGGAGCAGAUGACGUACCAGUUCCGCGUCCGGGCCGUCAAUAAGGCCGGAAAGUCGGAGCCCUCCGAGCCCACCGGCAACCACCUCUGCAAACACAGAAAUCUGAAGCCGCACAUUGACCGCACCAACAUGGUCACGGUGACCAUCAAGGUGAACAAGUCGCACAAGUUCGCCAUCAACGUGCGGGGAGAGCCGCCGCCGACUCUCAGCUGGUUCACCAAGGACGGCGACCAGAUCCAGCCCUCCGACAGGAUCAAGAUCGAAAACGUGGACUACCACACGGACUUCAGCAUCGAGAAGGCCAGCAGGAAGGACUCGGGCAUCUACACGCUGAAGGCCGAGAAUAGGAACGGAAAGGAUGAGGCCCAGUGCGAGCUGGUAGUACUCGGCAAGCCUAGCAAGCCGAAGGGUCCUCUGAAGGUGGAGAAUGUCUACGAGAAGGGAGGCCUGUUGAAGUGGGAGAAACCCGAAGACGACGGCGGUACCCCCAUCAAGGAGUACGUCGUCGAAAAGAUGGACACCGGCACCGGCCGGUGGGUGCGCUGCGGCAAGGCUCCUGGCGGCCUGGCCCACCCGGAGUUCCAGGUCACCGACCUCAUCCCCGGUCAGGACUACAAGUUCCGCGUGGCUGCCGUCAACGACGAGGGAGAGUCGGAGCCUCUGGAGACAGAGAAGGCCGUAAAGGCCAAAAACCCGUACGACCCGCCGGAUGCUCCUGGAAAGCCUGUCAUCGAGGAUUACGACAACAUGUCGGUGGACCUCAAGUGGGAGGCGCCCAAGAGCGACAACGGCGCGCCCAUCCAGCGCUACAUCAUCGAGAAAAAGAACAAAAAGUUCGGCGAAUGGGAGAAAGCCGCCGAGGUGCCGGGUACCCAGCUGACGGGCAAGGUGGUCGAUCUCAUCGAGCGUGACCAGUACCAGUUCCGUGUGAAGGCGGUCAACAAGGCGGGACCGGGCGCCGCCUCGGACCCCACCGAGUUCCACACCGUCAAACACAGGAAACUGCGACCGAUGAUCGACCGCACCAACCUGGUGAUGACCAAGGUGAAGGCCGGCAAACAGGUCCACUUCGACGUCAACAUCAAGGGAGAGCCGCCGCCAAAGGUCACCUGGAUCAUCAAGGACGAGCCGGUGUCUGCCCUGAACAUCUCGGUGGUGAACGUCGAGUACAACACCAAGUUCACCAUCCGGGACAGCGAGAGGAAGAACACGGGCAUCUACAAGGUGGUGGCCGAGAACGAGCACGGCAGGGACGAGGCAGAGGUCGAGGUCGUCAUACUCUCGGCGCCUUCCAAGCCGAAGGGGCCGUUGAAGGUGUCCGAUGUGACGGCCAAGAACUGCAAGCUCGACUGGAAGAAACCAGAGGACGACGGCGGCGCUCCCAUCACCGCCUACGCUGUGGAAAAGAUGGACGUCACCCAGCCAGGCCGCUGGGUGCCGGUGGGCCGCGUGGACCCACACGAGACCUCGAUGGAGGUACCCGGACUGCUGGAGGGAAAGCAGUACCAGUUCCGCGUCAAGGCCAUCAACGAGGAGGGCACCUCGGAGCCGCUCGACACCGACCACGCCACGCUGGCCAAAAACCCCUACGACAUCCCUGGGUCUCCGUCCGUUCCGGAGAUCCACGACUGGGACGUGGACCGGGUGGACCUCAAGUGGAAGCCGCCCAAGGACGACGGCGGAGCGCCCAUCACCGGAUACAUCAUCGAGCAGAAGGAGAAAUUCGGCACCUCCUGGGAGCCCGUCGUCGAGACCAAGGGCCCUGCCCCGGAGGCGCGUGUGCCGGGCCUGACCAAGGGCAACACGUACCAGUUCCGAGUGCGCGCGGUGAACAAGGCCGGUCCCGGAGAGCCAGGAGAGCCCACCUCCCCGCACAUCGCGAAGGCUAGAUACCUGAAGCCGUACAUCAACCGCGAGAAGUGUAAGCCGGUGACGGUGCGGGCCGGUCAGGCGAUCCGUCUGGACAUUGACGUGGAGGGCGAGCCGCCGCCAACUGUCACCUGGGAGUUCAAGGGCCGCCAGGUGGGCACGGACGCCCACUACCGGCUCGAGAACGAGGACUACAACACCCGCCUGCAGAUCACCAGCACGUCCCGCAAACAGAGCGGCGUCUACCUCAUCAAGGCCGUCAACGACUCCGGCGAGGACCAGGCAGAGCUCGAGGUCAACAUCCUCGACAAGCCGGCACGUCCGGAGGGCCCUCUGGAGGUCUCGGACGUCCACAAGGACCACUGCAAGCUCAACUGGAACCAGCCCAAGGACGACGGCGGCCUGCCCCUCGCUGCGUUCGUGGUGGAGAAGAUGGACACCACCACGGGCCGCUGGGUGCCCGUCGGCCGCGUGCCUGGGGAUACCACGGAAAUGGAGGUCAAGGGCCUGGAGCCCGGCAAACGCUACGACUUCCGCGUCAAGGCCGUCAACGAGGAGGGCGAGUCGGAGCCGCUGGAUACCGACCACUCGACGCUGGCCAAGGACCCGUACGACCCGCCGGGCGCUCCGUCUCUGCCGGACAUCAUCGACUGGGACGAGCACAUGGUGGAGCUCAAGUGGGAGGCGCCGCUGCGUGACAACGGCGCGCCCAUCACCGGCUACAUCCUCGAGAUGCGUCCGGACGGCGCGGCCGAGUUCCAGCCGGCAGCCGAGGUCGGGCCCGGCACCACCGGCAAAAUUCCCAACCUCACGCCCGGCAAAAAGUACCAGUUCCGCGUGCGUGCGGUGAACAAGGCUGGUCCCGGCGAGCCGUCCGAGCCGACCCAUAUGCACACCGCCAAGGCCCGAUACCUGAAGCCGCGUAUCGUGCGGGACAACCUGGCGCCGAUCACGGUCAAGGUGAACCAGCAGGUCAUGCUGGACGUGGACAUUAUCGGAGAGCCGCCGCCAACCGUCACCUGGACAUUCAAGGGCAAGGAGGUGGAGACGGGUCCCGAGCUAACCAUCACCAACAUGGACUACAACACCAAGUUCGCGUUGUUCCGCGCCAAGCGGAUGCACUCUGGCAAAUACACCAUCACGGCCAGCAACUCGUCUGGAGAGGAUGUGGCUGAGGUGGACAUCACCGUGCUGGGCAAACCCAAACACCCCAAGGGGCCGCUCGACGUGUCGGACGUGACGGCCAACGGCUGCCACCUCAGCUGGAAAGAGCCAGAGGAUGACGGCGGCACCCCCAUCAGCCACUACGAGAUCGAGAAACUCGACCCCAACACCGGCCAAUGGGUACCGUGUGGUACCUCCGAUAAGCCGGAGGCAGAUAUCACCGGACUGCAGGAGGGCAAGAAGUACAAAUUCCGCGUCAAGGCCGUCAACAAGGAGGGCGAGUCCGAACCGCUCGAAUGCGACAAGGAGAUCCUCGCCAAGAAUCCGUUCGACCCGCCGCACAAGCCGGAGCGUCCACAGCUGACCAACUGGGAUCGCGAGUUCGUGGACCUCAAGUGGAAGGCGCCGGACGACGGCGGCGCGCCCAUCCUCGAGUACAUCGUGGAGAAGCGCGACAAGGCGGAGAAGCCCAGCGCCUGGAAACCCUGCCUCACCGUGCCCGGUGACGCCACGGAGGGUCACGUCACGGACGUGAUCCCUGGUCACGAGUACGAGUUCCGGUUGGUGGCGGUGAAUAAGGCCGGUCCGUCCGAACCCUCCGACGCCACCAAACCCGUCAUCUGCAAACCCAGAUUCCUCAAGCCUCACAUCGACCGCAAGAACCUGGACAAGAAGACUGUCCGCUCGGGUCAGCUGCUGCGUGUCGAGAUCGAUAUCGAGGGCGAGCCGGCGCCGACCGUCACCUGGACUCUGAACGGUCAGCCGGUGCCGGCCAACAAACGCCUCACGAUCGACAACCAGGAGUACCACUCGUUCUUCUCGCUGCAGCGCGCCAAGCGCUCCGACACGGGCGUGUACGUCAUCACGGCCACCAACACGUCCGGCACGGACGUCGCCGAGCUGGACGUCAACGUACUCGCCAAGCCGGGCAAGCCGAAGGGUCCUCUGGACGUCUCGGACGUCACCGCCAAGGGCUGCAAACUCAAGUGGGAGAAGCCCGAGGACGACGGCGGCGAGCCGGUCGACCACUACGUGGUGGAACGGAUGGACAAGGACACGGGCCGCUGGGUGCCCGUCUGCACCAGCAAGGAGCCGGAGGCCGAGGUGGAGGGACUCAACGAGGGCCACGAGUACCUGUUCCGCGUGAAGGCGGUCAACUCGGAGGGCGAGGGAGAGCCACUGGAGACCACCACCCCGACCCUGGCCAAAAACCCGUACGAUCCCCCUGGUUCGCCGGGCGUGCCGGACAUCCACGACUGGGACAAGCACCACGCCGACCUCAAAUGGAAGGCCCCGGAGAGCGACGGCGGGGCGCCCAUCGUCGGCUAUGUCAUCGAGAAAAAGGACCAGUUCAGCACCAAGUGGCAGAAGGCGGCUGAGAUUCCCGGCGACGUUUGCGAGGGCCGCGUGCCCGAUCUGGUGGAGGGCAUGCAGUACAAGUUCCGCGUGCGGGCCGUCAACAAGGCCGGCCCUGGAGCGCCCAGCGGCGAGUCCAAGACCAUGACCGCCAAGGCCAGAUUCGCUGCGCCAUACAUCGACCGCUCCAACCUGCGCGACAUCACCAUCCACGCUGGCACGCCGUUCAAGUUCGACGUGCGCGUGAAGGGUGAGCCGGCCCCCACGACCAGCUGGAGUCUGAACGGCGCUCAGCUGAGCACGCGGGACAACCGCACCAUUGACUCAGAGGACUACCGCACCAAGCUGUCCGUAUUCAUGACUAGCCGUGGCGACACGGGCACCUACACCAUCAAGGCUGUCAACGACUCGGGCAAGGACGAGGCCCAGGUCAAGGUCAUCGUGCUCGACAAGCCGUCGGCUCCGGAGGGCCCGCUGGAAGUCUCCGACGUUCAUAAGGAGGGCUGCAAGCUCAAGUGGAACCCGCCGGAGGAUGACGGCGGAGUGCCGAUCUCCGAAUAUCUGGUGGAGAAGUUCGACCCCGAGCUCGGCCGCUGGAUGCCUGCCGGCCGUUCGGACAAACCCGAGAUCGAGAUCAACAACCUCACUCCGGGCCACGAGUAUAAGUUCCGUGUGAAGGCCGUCAACCCUGAGGGCGAGUCGGAGCCGCUCGUCGGAGAAAAGUCCAUCAUCGCCAAAAACCCCUUCGACGAGCCGGGCGCCCCUGGCCGUCCGGAGCCCACCGACUGGGACAAGGACUUUGUCGACCUCAAGUGGGAGCCGCCCAAGAACGACGGCGGCGCCCCCAUCACCGGAUACAUUGUCGAGAAGAAGGAAAAGGGCACCGGCAAAUGGGUGAAGGCGGUCGAACUCGCAGGCCCCGAGUGCGCGUGCCGCGUGCCCGACCUGGACGAGGGUCAGACGUACGAGUUCCGUGUGAAGGCCGUCAACGAGGCCGGUCCUGGCGAGCCGUCCGGCGGCUCCCGACCCGUCACAGCGAAACCCAGAAAACUGGCCCCGAAGAUAGACCGGCGCAACCUGCGCAACAUCACGGUGAAGGAGGGCGAGCCGAUCCUGCUGGACGUCAAGGUACAGGGCGAGCCGCCCCCGGAGGUCACCUGGCUCAAAAACGGACGGCCCAUCAAGGAGACGACGCGCAACAAGAUCGAAAACGAGCCGUACAGGACCAAGUACACCAACGACCGUCCGAAGCGUUCGGACACGGACACGUACACGAUCAAGGCGGUCAACGAGCACGGCGAGGACGAGGCCUCCAUCCAGAUAGUCGUCAUCUCCAAGCCUUCGGCUCCGGAGGGUCCUCUGGAGGUCUCUGAUGUCCACAAGGAGGGUUGCAAGCUCAACUGGAAGCCGCCCGCCGACGACGGCGGCGAGCCCAUCGAGGGAUACGUGAUCGAAAAGUUCGACCCGGACGUGGGCGUCUGGCUCCCGGCCGGCACCUCUGCCAAGCCCGAGUUCGAUGUCAAGGACCUGAUGCCGGGUCACGAGUACCAGUUCCGGGUCAAGGCCGUCAACAAGGAGGGCGAGUCGGAGCCGCUCGUCACACUGGCGCCCAUCGUCGCCAAGGAUCCGUUCGUGGUCCCGGGUAAGCCGGGCGCUCCGGAGGCCACCGAUUGGUCCACCUCUCACGUGGAGCUGACCUGGGCCGAGCCGGCCAGCGAUGGCGGGUCGCCCAUCACCGGAUAUAUCAUCGAGAAACGAGACAGAUACGGGAUGAUGUGGGAGAAGGCGUGCGAGCUCGAGGGCCCGGAGAGCACCGGUUCCGUGCAUAACCUGAUCGAGGGCGUCGAGUACCAGUUCCGCGUGAUCGCGCUCAACAGAGCCGGGCAGUCGGAACCCUCCGAGCCCAGCAAAUCCAUCGUCGCCAAGGCCCGGUUCCUGGCGCCCAAGAUCGACCGCCGUAACCUGCGCGACGUGGUGGUGUCCAAGGGCUCGCCGGUCAAGUUCGACGUGGACGUGUCUGGUGAGCCGGCUCCCACCACCAAGUGGUUCAAGAGCGGCAGUGAGCUCAGACCGUCUAAGCAGCUGACGAUCGACUCGAAGGACUACAACACCAAGUUCGCGCUGCGCCAGACGCGCCGCUCCGACUCUGGCGAGUACACCAUCACUGCCGAGAACAGCUCCGGAAAGGACCAGGUCACCGUGCGGGUCACCGUCACCGACAAACCUGGCAAACCCGAGGGGCCGCUCGACAUAUCGGACGUGCACAAGAACGGCUGUAAGAUCAAGUGGAACCCGCCGAAGGACGACGGCGGCACCCCGAUCGACCACUUCGAGGUGGAGAAGUUCGACCCAGAGACGGGCAUCUGGAUGCCGGCGGGUCGCUCAGACAAACCCGAGAUCGAGAUCAACAACCUCACCCCCGGCCACGAGUACAAGUUCCGUGUGAAGGCUGUGAACGCGGAGGGAGCCUCCGAGCCGCUGGAGGGAACCGAGAGCAUCAUUGCCAAAAAUCCCUUCGACGAGCCGGGUCCUCCGGGUAACCUGAAGGCCACCGACUGGGACAAGGACCACGUGGACCUGGCCUGGGAGCCGCCCAAGAACGACGGCGGCGCGCCCAUCACCGGCUACCUGGUCGAAAAGAAGGACAAGUCCGGCCGCUGGCAGCCAGUGUUUGAGGUUCCCGCCGAUCAGCAAACGGCCACCGUGCCUGACCUGACCGAGGGCGAGACCUACGACUUCCGCGUGCGGGCCAUCAACAAGGCCGGCCCCGGAGAGCCGAGCAAGACCACCGGCCCGAUCGUGGCCAAGCCGCGCAACCUGCCGCCCAAGAUCGACCGCAGCAACCUCAACCCGGUUAAGGUGCGCGCCGGCAUGAACUUCAACUUCGACGUCAACGUGUCUGGAGAGCCGCCGCCAGACAAGAAGUGGACGCUCGAGAAGAAGCCUGUCUUCUCCAACGACCGCGUCAAGAUCACCACCGCUGACUACAACAUCAAGCUGGUGGUGCGUAACGCGACGCGGGCCGAGUCGGGCACCUACACGCUGACGGCGACCAACGAGAACGGCACCGACUCGGCCGACGUGCUCGUCACCGUGCUCGACAAGCCGUCGGCUCCGGAAGGCCCUCUAAAGGUGUCUGACGUUCACGCCAAGGGCUGCAAGCUCAACUGGAAGCCACCGGCCGACGACGGCGGAGUGCCUAUCCAGAAAUACGUCGUCGAAAAGCUGGAUGAGUCCACCGGUCGGUGGGUGAAGGCGGGUGAGACGGACGGUCCCGCCACCGAACUGGAUGUCGAAGGUCUCACCCCGGGCAAGCACUACAAGUUCCGCGUCAAGGCCGUCAACAAGGAGGGCGCCUCCGAGCCGCUCACCACCACCCAGAGCAUCCACGCCAAGAACCCGUACGACGAGCCCGGCAAGCCCGGUACUCCUGAGGUCAAAGACUUCGACAAGAAUUUCGUCGACCUCAAGUGGAAGCCUCCCCUGUCGGAUGGUGGAAACCCCAUCAAGGAGUACAUCAUCCAGAAACGCGAUAAGAUGAAUCCGAAGUGGGAGGACGCCGUGGUGGUGUCGGGCGACAAGCCCGAGGGACGCGUGCCCGACCUCAUCGAGGGCAACACGUACGAGUUCCGCGUGGUGGCCGUCAACAAGGCCGGUCCCGGCGAGCCCUCCGAGCCCACCAAACCGCACCUGGCCAGGCCCAAAAACAUGGCGCCGAAGAUCGACCGUAACGCCAUGGUGGCACUGAAGCUACGUGCCGGUCAGUCGAUCGAGUACGACAUUCCAGUGGCCGGGGAGCCGCCGCCGUCCAAGACCUGGAGCUUCCAGGGCUCUGACCUGGUGCCGUCGGAGCGUAUCAAGAUCACGGCCGAGGACUACCUGAUCAAGCUGCGUGUGCAUAACGUGAGGCGGGCGGACCACGGCGACUACACGCUGACGGCCACCAACCGCAACGGCACCGACACCGUCUCCGUCAGCGUCACCGUCGUCGACGUGCCGGGCGCGCCGGAGGGCCCGCUGAAGUACGCCAACAUCACAAAGUCGUCGUGCACGAUCGGCUGGAAGCCGCCCAAGGAUAACGGCGGGGCCGACAUCACCCACUACCUGGUGGAGAAGAUGGACGCCGACACGUUCCGCUGGGUGCCCGUCGGAGACACCACAAAGUGCCAGCUCAAGGCUGACCACCUGAUUGAGAACCACGACUACAAGUUCCGCGUGUUCGCCGUGAACCGGAUGGGUCAGUCGGAGCCGCUGACUGGAUCAGAGUCGAUCACGGCCAAGGAUCCGUUCCAGAAACCGACCAAACCCGGACAGCCCCAGCCGACCGACUGGGACAAGGACCACGUGGACCUGGAAUGGACUGCACCAAAGGAGGACGGCGGAUCGCCCGUCAUCAAGUACAUCAUCGAGAAGAAACCCAAGUUCGGUAUGUGGGAGAAGGCGGCUGAGAUCCCUGGUGACCAGACGCGCGGCACGGCUCCGAACCUGACCGAGGGCGAGGAGUAUCAGUUCCGUGUGAUCGCCGUCAACCAGGCCGGCCCCGGCGAGCCGUCAGAGCCCAGCUCCAGCGUCAUCGCCAAGCCCAGAUUCGUGAAACCGUCGUUCAACAAGAGCGCUCUGGAGGAUCUGGUGGUUCGUGCCGGCACCCGCGUUCAGUACAACAUUCCCAUCGAGGGAUCACCCAAACCCAAGGUGGAGUGGCGGGUGGACGGCUCGGUGCUGGAGCCCUCCGAGCGUGUCGAGCUGGCCACACAGGGCGGCCAGACCACACUGGACAUUCCGUUCUCGGUCCGCUCCGACUCUGGCCAGUACACGCUGACGCUGACAAACGACCACGGCUCGGACUCGGCCACCGCAACAGUCACCGUGCUCGACAAGCCGUCGCCGCCUCAGGGCCCGCUGAAGGUCUCCGAUGUCAACAAGGACGGCUGCAAGCUGGCCUGGCAGGAGCCCAAGGACGACGGCGGCUCGCCCAUCAUCCACUACCUGGUGGAGAAGAUGGACGUCAACCGAGGCACCUGGGUCGAGGUGUGUUACGCGCACGAGCUGAACGGCGAGGUGACCGGUCUGAUCCACCGCAAGGAGUACAAGUUCCGCGUCAAGGCGGUCAACAUGAUCGGCGAGUCGGAGCCGCUCACCACCGACCGCAGCAUCAUCGCCAAAAACGAGUGUGACGAGCCGGACUCGCCGGGCCGCCCGAAGGUGACCGACUGGGACAGCGACUUUGUCGAGCUCGAAUGGACCAAGCCGGUGAACGACGGCGGCGCGCCCGUCUCUGGAUACAUUAUUCAGAAGAAGGAGAAGGGCUCUCCGAUCUGGACGGAGGCGGCCAAGGUGCCCGCCGAUUGUACCAAGGCCAAGGCGCCGGGCCUGACCGAGGGUCAGGAGUACGAGUUCCGUAUCAUCGCCGUCAACAAGGCUGGUCUGUCGGAGCCCUCCGAGCCGUCAGAGAUGGUCAUGGCACGGCCCAGGAGACAGGCUCCCAAGAUCAAGACGCCGAUGACGGACAUCAUUAUCCGUGCGGGUCAGACUCUGCACAUCGACAUCGCCUACGUGGGCGAGCCGGACCCGAACGUCGGGUGGCUGCAGAACGGCCAGCCGCUGCCGCUCACAGAGAGGACGACGGUGACUUCCAUCAACCACCACACGGUGAUUCAUUCGGUGAACGCGCACCGCGGAAAGUCCGGCACAUACCGGCUCAAACUGGAAAACGAGUCCGGAACAGAUGAAGGCACGAUGAACGUGACGGUGCUGGACCGCCCCGGUGCGCCGGAGGGCCCGCUCGAGUACGACGACGUCACCGCCAACAGCGUGGCCCUGUCGUGGAAGGCGCCGAGCGACGAUGGCGGCAGCCCCAUCACCGGCUACAUUAUCGAGAAGCGCGACAAGACGCACCGCGGCCCGUGGGUGCCGGCCGUCCAAUACGUCGACCCCAAGGACACACACGCGCUCGUGCCGCGACUGCACGAGGGCACCGAGUACGAGUUCCGCGUGCGGGCGCAGAACCUGCAGGGCGUCUCUGAUCCGCUCACAACAGACAAACCGGUCGUCGCCAAAAACUCGUUCGGCGUGCCGGGCCGGCCGGGCCGUCCGGAGGCGGUGGAUGCUGACCGCGACUUUAUCCGCAUCCGCUGGGAGGCGCCGCGCUCCAACGGUGGUAGCAAGAUCACUGGUUACGACGUGGAGCGUCGGGAGCACAUGACCGGCCGCUGGCAGCUGGUGACCCGACCCAACGCGCCGGCGCCGCACACAGAAUUCACGGACACCUCAGUGCUGGAGUUCCACCAGUACGAGUACCGCGUGACGGCCAUCAACGCCGCCGGACACGGCAGUCCCUCGGACCCGUCCCUCACCAUGACCGCCAAACCCAUGAAAGAGCCCCCGAAGCUGAACCUGGACGGUAUCCUGGGCCGGCGGAUCCGGGUCCGCGCCGGGGAGCCGAUCGACAUCCGGAUCCCCAUCAGCGGCGCCCCGGUGCCCACCGUCGAGUGGGCACACGCCGGCAAACCGCUGGCACCCGGCGGCCGGGCGGAGAUGGCGACGACGUCCGAGUACACGACGUUCCACAUCCCCAAGUCGGUGCGGGAGGAUGCCGGCAAGUACACCAUCACGGCCAGCAACGCGUACGGCACCGACUCUGCGGACGUCGAGGUGGUGGUGGUGGACAAGCCCGGCGCGCCGCGCGGCCCGCUCUCCUACGACCAGGUGACGGCCACCCAGGUGACGCUCUCCUGGAAGCCGCCCGAGGACUGCGGCGGCUGCGACCUCACCGGCUACCAGGUGGAGGUGGCAGAGGGCGGCUCCGACAACUUCCGACCCGUGCCCGGAUACAUCCCCGGACCCAACUUCACCGUCAAGGGCCUCACCGAGGGCCGCCAGUACACGUUCCGCGUGCGCGCAGAGAACAUGUACGGCCUCUCUGAGCCGCUCACUGGCAAACAGGUGACUGCCAAGAAUCCGUUCGACGCGCCGGAUGCGCCGGGCCAGCCGCUCAUCACGAGCUACACGCCCAACAGCGUCAGCCUCAGCUGGACGCCGCCAGAGUACAACGGAGGCAACCCCAUCUCAGGCUACCUGGUGGAGCGCCGGGACCGCGGCGGCGAAUGGAUCAAGUGCAACACGUACCUGGUACCGGGCACCAGUCACACGGUCAGCCACCUGUCCGAGGGCGGCCGGUACGAGUUCCGCGUGCUGGCGGUCAAUGACGCCGGCCCCGGCAAGCCGAGCCGGCCCUCUGAGUCGGUCACCUGCGGCGUCAUGAUCUACAAGCCGAGCGCGCCGGAGGCUCCUCGCCCGGAGCGUAUCACCAAAGACUCGGUGACGCUCUCCUGGCGUCCGCCCAAGGACGGCGGCUCCAAGAUCCGCGGCUACCUGGUCCAGAAGCAGCCCAAGGGCAGCGACGAGUGGCUGCCGGUCAACGAGGCGCCGCACCCGCUCUCCAAUUUCACCGUGCCCGACCUGACCGAGGGCGAGGAGUACGCCUUCCGCGUCAUCGCCGUCAACGACGUCGGCGAGUCGGCGCCCAGCAAACCGUGCCCCUUCGUCAAGGUGGAGGAGCAGCCCAACAAACCUCACAUCGACGUCAGCGGCCUUCGCGACAUCACAGUCAAGGCCGGCCAGGACUUCAGCAUCCACGUGCCGUACCGCGGCUUCCCCAGGCCGACAGCCGCCUGGACUCGAGACGACGUGGCCGUGGACGACUCGGACUCACGCGUGCACACUCAGCUGGGCGACGACUUCGCCAGCUUCGUGAUGACGAACGCGCAGCGUGGCGACACGGGCGCCUACCGGCUGCACCUGAAGAACACCUCCGGCAUGGACACGGCCAUCUGCAAUGUCAAGGUUCUGGACCGCCCCGCUCCACCACGGGACCUGCGCGCGGAUGAGUUCGGCGGCGACAGCCUCACGCUGUUCUGGAAGCCACCGAAGGAUGACGGCGGUGCCGACAUCACAAACUAUGUGGUAGAGCGGCGCGAUCACGGCAAGGCCGACUGGUGCAAGGUGUCCAGUUUUGUCUCUGGUACCGGCGUGCGCGUGCGUAACCUGAGCGUCGGCAAGGAGUACGACUUCCGAGUGCGGGCAGAGAACCAGUACGGCACCUCUGAGCCGUGCGAGACCACCGAACCCAUCAAGGCCAGACAUCCGUUCGACGUUCCGGGCGCCCCGGGAGCGCCGGAGGCGGUGCACACCUCUGAGGACUCUGUGUCCCUGUCGUGGACGACGCCCAAACACAACGGUGGCUCGCCCAUCACCGGCUACGUGCUCGAGAAGCGCGUGGCUGGCGAGGGCUGGGUGAAGACCAGCCACGCCACCAUACCUGGAGCAGAGUUCAAGGUGAUGAACCUGAUAGACGGCACCGAGUACGAGUUCCGCGUGGCGGCUAAGAACGCCGCCGGCCAGGGUCCGUGGAGUAACCCAUCCGACCUCAUCCGGGCCCAGGCGCCGCCCAGCUCUCCGAAGAUCACGUCGGACCUGACCAUCCGCGACCUGACGGUGCGCGCUGGUGAACCGUUCACUAUCUGUGUGCCGUUCUACGCGUCCCCGCGGCCGCAGCCGACUUGGUCCGUGGGCACUGACGAGAUCUUCCCCGACGACAGGAUCCGCUUCGACACCAGUGACACUGAGAGCAUCCUGACCAACAAGCGUGCCAAGCGCUCGGACCAGGGCUCCUACCAGAUCAAGCUGUCGAACCCCGUCGGCUACGACACGGCCACGUGCCGCGUGUCAGUGGUGGACCGGCCGACCGCGCCGCUGGGUCCGCUGGACAUCUCGGACAUCACGCCCGAGACGUGCUCGCUGUCCUGGAGGACGCCCAUGGACGACGGAGGCUCGCCCAUCACUAACUACUCCGUCGAAAAGAUGGAUAUCAGCACAGACGUCUGGACCAAGGCGUGCAGUUUCGUGCGCGGCACAAACUACGUGGUGAUGGGCCUUGAGCCCAACAAGCGCUACUUCUUCCGUGUGCGCGCGGAGAACCAGUACGGCCUCUCGGAGCCUCUGGACUCGGAGGAGCCCAUCACGGCCAAGUUCCCGUUCUCUGCGCCGGACGCGCCGGGCCAGCCGCGCGUGCUCGACUGCUCGGCCGACUCGGUGAAGCUCAUGUGGGAGCGCCCGUUGGCCGACGGCGGCUCCAAGAUCCAGGGCUACAAGAUCGAGAUGCGAGACGUCACCGACGAGCUGUGGCGCGACUGCAACGACUACCUAGUGCGCGACACGGUGCACCAGGUCAACAACCUAACCGAGGGGCGCGAGUACGAGUUCCGCGUCAAGGCCAAAAACGCGGCCGGCUUCAGCAAGCCGUCGGCGCCGAGCUCGCGCGCCCGGCUCCGCUCGCAGAAGGGCGUGCCGGCCGCGCCGGGUACCCCGGAGGUGGCCAAGGUGACGCGCAGCUAUGUCGACCUCAAGUGGGAGCCGCCAGCGUUCGACGGUGGCAGCCGCGUCACCGGCUACGUGGUGGAGAAGCGCGAGCUCGGACAUCCGUUCUGGGUGCGCUGCAGCGAGUACAACGUGCCCGACUGCGAGUUCUCGGCCAUCAAUCUGCGCGAGGGCGGCGAUUACGAGUUCCGUGUGAGCGCCGUCAACUCUGCCGGCCGCAGCGAGCCGGCGCAGUGCAUCGCGCCCGUCCGCGUACAGGAGGUAACCGGCGGCCGCGCGCCCGAGUUCGUCAAGUCGUUGAUGAACACCGGCGCCGGACUCGGCCGCCCGCUGACCCUCGAGUGCAAGGCCAUCGGCACACCGACUCCUGGCGCGCGCUGGCUGCGUAACGGCCGCGUGGUGAACACGGACCUGGACCGGGUGCAGGCGGAGGAGCAUGACGGCACCUUCCAGCUGGUGUUCAGUGAGACCUGGGCGUCGGAUGACGGCGAGUACGCCUGCCAGGCGGCCAACGCGGUCGGUCACGCCACCACCACCUGCCGCGUCCGCAUCGGAACGCCGCCGAGGAUCGACCGUCUGCCAUCGGACCUGCACCUGCCCGAGGGUGACAACGCCAAGCUCAAGAUCUACUUCUCCGGCGACCAGCCGCUGAACGUGUCGCUCUCGCACGGCGGCAGAGAGGUGGUCGACAACGACCACAUCAAGUACACCGUGUUCGACGACUAUCUCAUCGUCUUCAUCCGCGAGAUCAAGAAGGACGACGCCGGCCAGUACGAAGUGACCGUGUCGAACGACAGCGGUGCCGUGACAGCCGCCUUCAACGUGUACAUCACCGGCCUGCCGGGCCCGCCGCAGGGCCCGCUGGGGGUGACCGAGAUCAACAAGCACACGUGCACGCUCCAGUGGCAGCCGCCGCUGGUGGACGGCGGCUCGCGCGUCACCCACUACGUCAUCGAGCGGCGCGACAUGGCCCACAGCCACUGGGUGGUGGUCUCCACUACGUGCAAGGACACCACGUUCCUGGUGCAGGGCCUGACCGAGAACCAGGAGUACCUCUUCAGGGUGAUGGCCGCCAACCAGAACGGCGUCGGGCCGCCGCUCGAGGCCGUGAACCCGGUGAAGGCGCGCUCGCCGUACGAUCCGCCCUCGCCGCCCGGCGUGCCCACUGUCAAGGAAGUCGGCGGCGACUUCGUCAACCUCAGCUGGGACCGGCCGCUCAAGGACGGUGGCGCGAGAGUCAUCGGAUACUGGGUCGAGAAGCGCGAGGUCGGCUCAGAGAACUGGCUCAAGGUCAACCAUGCGCUGUGCUCGCCGCCGCAGAUCAACAUCUCGAACCUGGUGGAGGACCGGCAGUACGAGUUCCGCGUGUUCGCCGUCAACGAGGCCGGCACCAGCGAGCCGUCCUCCGCCAGCACCUCCGUCAGGAUCCGGGACCCGCACGCCGCCACGCCGCCGGAGAUCGUGCAGCCGCUCAAGAACGUGAUGGCGCUGCAGAACAAAUCCGUCACGCUCCAGUGCGUCAUCACCGGCACGCCCAAACCCAAGAUCACCUGGUAUAAGGGCAACCGGGAGAUCUUCAGUGGCAACAAGUACUACAUGGACAAGGAGGGCGACACGUAUUACCUGGAUAUCCGCGACGUGUAUGGGGAGGACGCCGACGACUACAGCUGCCGCGCGCACAACGCCGCCGGACACAAGUCCACCCGCGCCACCCUCACCAUCAAAACUGCACCUAAGAUUAACGUGCCGCCGCGGUUCCGCGACACGGCCUUCUUCGAGAAGGGCGAGAAUAUCGUCAUCAAGAUUCCGUUCACGGGUAACCCGCGACCGCGCUGCACGUGGACCAAGGACGGCGAGGUGAUCGAGAAGGGCGCCCACUUCGACGUCGAGACAACGGAGCGUCACGCGAUCCUGACGAUCCGAGACGUGGAUCAGCUGGAUAACGGUCCGUACCGACUCAGUGCCGAGAACGAGCUCGGGGCCGACUCCUGCAUCAUCAAGGUCCAGGUCGCCAACCACCCCGACGCGCCCAAAUACGUGAUCGCCGAGAAGCCAACACCCAACUCCUGCAUCGUCACCUGGAAGCCGCCCGCCUGGGACGGCGGCAGCAACGUGACCAACUACAUCAUCGAGCGGCGCGAGCACCCGAUGGCCACCUGGAUUCGGUGUGGAAACACCCGGUUCACGGUGCACGAGUCGAGUGGACUGACCCCCGGGCAGACCUACUCGUUCCGCGUGAUCGCGGAGAACAUCUACGGAAAGUCGCCGCCCAGCGACGAGUCGGCGCCGGUCACCACCCGGGAGACCACCAAAAAGAAGGUCCAGAAGAGGACCUACGAAGUGGACGAGACCGGCAAGCGUAUCCGCAGCCGCGCCGAGCCCCAGGACAACUACGACCAGUUUGUGUUCGACGUGCACUCCAAGUUCGUGCCGCAGCCAGUGGAUAUCAAGCACGACAACGUGUACGACCACUACGAGAUUCUCGAGGAGAUCGGCACCGGCGCGUUUGGCGUCGUGCACCGUUGCCGCGAGCUCAAGUCGGGCCACAUCUUCGCCGCCAAGUUCAUCCCGAUCAGCCACCCGAUCGAGAAGGAGCUGAUCAAGAAGGAGAUCGACAUCAUGAACCAGCUGCACCACCCGAAGCUGAUCAAUCUCCACGAUGCGUUCGAGGAUGAUGACGAGAUGGUGCUGAUUUACGAGUUCCUCUCGGGCGGGGAGCUGUUUGAGCGCAUCACCGCCGAGGGCUACACCAUGUCCGAGGCGGAGGUCAUCAACUACAUGCGUCAGGUGUGCGAGGCCGUCAAACACAUGCACGAGAACAACAUCCUCCACCUCGACGUGAAGCCAGAGAACAUCAUGUGCCAGACGUCCAAGUCGACCAACGUGAAGCUGAUCGACUUUGGACUGGCCACCAAGCUGAACCCCAACGAGCUGGUCAAGAUCUCGACUGGCACGGCCGAGUUCGCUGCGCCCGAAAUUGUGGAACGGGAGCCGGUCGGCUUUUACACGGACAUGUGGGCUGUCGGCGUCCUGGCCUACGUCCUCCUGUCGGGUCUGUCUCCGUUCGCUGGUGAGAACGACAUCGAGACGCUGAAGAACGUGCGCGCCUGCGACUGGGACUUUGACACCGAGGCCUUCUCGAACGUGUCCAAGGAGGGCAAGGAUUUCAUCCGAAAACUGCUCGUCAGGAACAAGGAUAAGCGUCUGACCGCUCACGAGUGUCUGGAGCACGACUGGCUCAAGGGUGACCUGGGAGACCUCAGUGCGCCCAUCGCCAGCUCGCGCUACGUGCCGAUGCGCGACCGGAUGCGGGCGCGCUACGACAACUGGUCGCGCUACCCGGUGCCACUGGGCCGGCUGGCCAACUACUCCAGUCUCCGACAGCUGCAGAUGGACCGCUACAAGAUCCACGAGGUCAACGUGGACCGGCUGCAGGCGGCGCCGCGGUUCGUCAUCCGGCCCAUGUCGGCGUUCGCCUACGAGGGCCAGGCGGCCAAGUUCACGUGUCGGGUCAUCUCGCUGGCACCGCCGACAGUCACCUGGUACCGCGACAACAUGGAGCUGCGACAGUCGGUCAAAUACAUGCGCCGCUACGCCGGCGACGACUACACCUUCAUCAUCAACCGGUGCAAGAUGUCCGACCGCGGCGAGUACAUGAUACGCGCCGAGAGCCACUACGGCUUCCGCGAGGAGCCGGUGUUCCUGAACGUGCAGUCGGUGGCCAAGGAGAUGCCGCGCCGCCAGGAGUCGCGCGAGCCGGUGCGGAAGCGCCAGCAGCAGCCGAGCUUCCAGCGCGUCUGGGACAAGGAGGCCGACCACGCGCCCGUGUUCAGCUUCCAGCUAAGGCCGCGCGUCAUGCAGAUGAACCAGACCUGCAAGCUGCUCUGCUGUCUCAGCGGAAAACCGGCGCCCACGGUGAAAUGGUACAAGGGCGACAAGGAGCUGUCGCGCUCCGAGUACAACAUUACCAACGCCGACGGCGUGGUGACGAUGGAGAUCGGCAGCUGUCAGCCAGAGGACUCUGGAAAGUACCGCUGCGUGGCCACCAACGCCCUAGGAGAGGCCGAGACCAGCUGUGUCAUCAUCGUCGAAGGUGGUUCCGACGAACAGUCUCGGAAAAUCUUCGAUAGUUUUAGUAAAAAAGAUCGCCGCUACCUGACGACGGCGCCUCCCUCGGCCACCAACGGCUACGGCGGCAGCAAGUACUCGUCGUCCUACCGCACGGAGAGCUCUUCGGGUGGCUACAAGUCGGCCUUCUCGUCCGAGUACAAGUCGUCCUACUCGUCGUCACACCAGAGCUCGUCACAUCAGAGCUCGUCGUUCCAGAGCUCCUCCUUCCAGUCCAGCAGUAUGACGCAGUCGUCCUCCAGCGGCAGCCGAUUCAAGUCCGGCUUCGAGUCGUCCUCCAUCUCACGGUCGGGGUUUGACUCGGGCUUCUCCCGGUCCGGGUUCGACUCCGAGUCGACGCGGCCGUUCGACUCGCGGCCCAGCCUGGAGGCGAGUCUUCAGCGGCUGGAUGUCGACUCGACGCCGGCCCAGAAGCCCGGCGAGAAGCGCGUGCUGAAGCCGUACGGCAAGACCACGUCCGGCAGCUCGACACGCUCGCGCUCGGCCACCAAGGAGCUGGAGAUUCCGCCGGACGACUCGCUCAUGUACGCGCCCGUGUUCGACGACAAGAUGGCCGCCGCGCUGACUGUGCGCGACGGCGGCACGCUGUCGCUGCACUGCCAGGUGCGCGGCGACCCCGACCCCAAGGUCACCUGGAGCAAGAACGGCGAGCUGCUCAGUUCGUCCGACGCCGUCGACCUCAAGUACCGCAACGGCGUGGCCACGCUGGCCGUGGCGGAGGUGUUCCCCGAGGACGAGGGCCUGUACGAGUGCCGCGCCUACAACUCGAUGGGAGAGGUCACAGCCAAGUGCAAGGUCACCGUCACAGCUGCGCCCGCGCCCGUCAAAGCCAAGGACAGUGUGCCCGUGAAGGGCGCUGGCCAGGUGGAGGAGCCGCCGCGGGUGGCCGGUCACCUGCAGUCCAAGGUGGUGCGGGACGGAGAGGCGGUCACUCUGGCCUGUCGGGUCACCGGUCCUUCCAAAUUCGAGGUGGUCUGGCUUCACAACGACAAGGAAAUCAAGCCGUCCAAGGACUUUGAGUACGACAGUGCCGGCGACCAGUACACGCUGAGGAUCGCCGAGAUCUUCCCGGAGGACUCGGGCUGCUACACGUGCGAGGCGUUCAACGACGCCGGCGAGAGCUUCUCUUCCUGCACACUGGUCGUGCUCGUUCCGAACGAGGAUCGCAAGCAGCCUGCCUUCAAGACAUUCCCCAUGUCUGCGACGGUGUCCGAGGGGCAGGCGGCCCACUUUUCGUUCACACUCGAGCGGCCAGCCACCAAAGUGACGUGGUACAAGGACGGCUCGCCACUGUCGGCCGGCAGCCGUCUGAAGCUGAGCGGCGAGGGCACCAGCCACCAGCUGAACGUCACCUCGUGCGCGGCCAACGACGUCGGCCAGUACUCUGUCAAGGCCGAGUCGGGCGCCGACCACACCACUGCAAACUUCUCACUGAACGUCACCGGCCGAAACUGAGCCAACGAGCGCCACAGACAGCUGCCAAUGUUCACUGACCGUCCCCACGACUGACCGACUCGGGCCUGGCCAUCGAAGGAGGCAGGCCGCGACAGGAGCGGGCCCGCCCCGGAGGCGGCGCCCGCCGGGACUGUAUAUACGCUGCGGAUAAUACCGUGUGGGGCACGCCGCGGCCGGCCGGGACGCGUCGGAAGACACGAGACCAGCGCGGUGGGGGCCGCCGGCCAGCGCCGGGAAUGUUCUAGUCGACUUUAGCUAGGUGGGCCGCGGCGGGCCGCCGCCGUCGCCCGCACCAGACUGCACCCUGGCGCGGAGCGGCGGCGGCGGCCGGUGAACAGAGAGGAUCGCGCCCGGCUGGCCGCCCGUGGUGUGUCCGCGCUCGCAGUCAGAACGAAUAUAAUGACUUUUGAUGUG